AGGAGCGGGCCCGGGGUGUCCGGGGUGCGCGGGCCGGGGCCAGGGUCGGGCCAUGAGCGCCCCACCCUCGCGUCGCCGAGCCGCGAAGCCCGCCCGCGCCCCUCGCCAUGGCGCGGCUCGCGGACUACUUCGUGCUGGUGGCGUUCGGGCCGCACCCGCGCGGGAGUGGGGAAGGCCAGGGCCAGAUCCUGCAGCGCUUCCCAGAGAAGGACUGGGAGGACAACCCAUUCCCCCAGGGCAUCGAGCUGUUUUGCCAGCCCAGUGGGUGGCAGCUGUGUCCUGAGAGGAACCCACCAACGUUCUUUGUUGCUGUCCUCACCGACAUCAACUCUGAGCGGCACUACUGCGCCUGCUUGACCUUCUGGGAGCCGGCAGAGCCCACACAGCAAGCAGUGUGCACCGAGGAUGCUGCUGAGAGGGAGGAGGAUGUGGAUGAGGGAGGCCCAGUGCGACUGUCACCUGCAGCACCUGGACCGCCCGGCCAGCUGUUCGCUCCCAAGACACUGGUGCUGGUGUCUCGAUUGGACCAUGCAGAGGUGUUCAGGAACAGCCUCGGUCUCAUCUACACCAUCCACGUGGAGGGCCUGAACGUGGGCCUGGAGAAUGUGAUUGGGAACCUGCUCACAUGCAUCAUCCCCCUGGCCGGGGGCUCGCAGAGAACCAUCUCGUUGGGGGCUGGCGACCGGCAGGUCAUCCAGACCCCGCUCACCGACUCGCUGCCCAUCAGCCGCUGCAGCGUGGCCCUGCUCUUCCGCCAGCUGGGCAUCACCAAUGUGCUGUCUUUGUUCUGUGCUGCACUUACGGAGCACAAGGUGCUCUUCCUGUCUCGGAGCUACCAGCGGCUCUCGGAUGCCUGCCGGGGACUCCUGGCGCUGCUGUUCCCUCUCCGAUACAGCUUCACCUACGUGCCCAUCCUGCCGGCACAGCUCCUGGAGGUCCUCAGCACGCCCACCCCCUUCAUCAUCGGAGUCAACGCGGCCUUCCAGGCAGAGACCCAGGAGCUGCUGGACGUGAUUAUUGCUGAUCUUGAUGGAGGAACGGUGACUGUCCCCGAGUGUGUGCACAUUCCACCCCUGCCAGAGCCACUGCAGAGUCAGACACACAGUGUUCUUAGCAUGGUCCUAGAUCCAGACCUGGAGUUGGCAGAUCUCGCCUUCCCCCCACCCACGACAUCCACUUCCUCCCUGAAGAUGCAGGACAAGGAGCUGCGUGCCGUCUUCCUGCGGCUCUUUGCUCAGCUCCUGCAGGGUUACCGCUGGUGUCUGCACAUGGUCCGCAUCCACCCAGAGCCUGUCAUCCGUUUUCAUAAGGCAGCCUUCCUGGGCCAGCGUGGGCUGGUGGAGGAUGAUUUCCUGAUGAAGGUGCUGGAGGGCAUGGCUUUUGCAGGCUUCGUGUCGGAGCGUGGGAUCCCUUACCGCCCUACAGACCUAUUUGAUGAGUUGGUGGCCCACGAGGUGGCACGGAUGCGGGCGGAUGAGAACCACCCCCAGCGUGUCCUGCGUCACAUCAAGGAACUGGCGGAGCAGCUCUAUAAGAAUGAGAACCCGUACCCCGCCGUGGCUAUGCACAAGGUGCAGAGGCCAGGGGAGGCCAGUCACCUGCGGCGGGCGCCCCGGCCCUUUCCCCGGCUGGAUGAGGGCAUGGUGCAGUGGAUCGUGGACCAGGCCACGGCCAAGAUGCAGGGUGCACCCCCAGCUGUGAAGGCAGAGAGGAGGACCACCGUGCCCUCGGGUCCCCCCAUGACUGCCAUACUGGAGCGGAGCAGUGGGCUCCAUGGCAACAGUGCACGCAGGCUGGAGGUGGUCCGAAACUGCAUCUCCUACGUCUUCGAGGGGAAGAUGCUUGAGGCCAAGAAGCUGCUCCCUGCUGUGCUGAGGGCCCUGAAGGGGCGCGCGGCCCGCUGCUGCCUCGCCCAGGAGCUGCACCUGCAUGUGCAGCAGAACCGGGCGGUCCUGGACCACCAGCAGUUCGACUUCGUCGUCCGCAUGAUGAACUGCUGCCUGCAGGACUGCACCUCCCUGGACGAGCAUGGUGUAGCAGCUGCUCUGCUGCCCCUGGUCACAGCCUUCUGCCGGAAACUGAGCCCGGGGGUGACGCAGUUUGCGUACAGCUGCGUGCAGGAGCACGUGGUUUGGAGCACGCCGCAGUUCUGGGAGGCCAUGUUCUACGGGGAUGUGCAGACCCACAUCCGAGCCCUCUACUUGGAGCCAGCCGAGGACCGAGACCCCUCCCAGGUCAGGGAGGUGCCUGCACAGGAGGACGAGCGCUCCGCCCUGGACGUGGCGUCCGAGCAGCGGCGCCUGUGGCCGACCCUAAGCCGUGAGAAGCAGCAGGAGUUGGUGCAGAAGGAGGAGAGCACGGUGUUCAGCCAGGCCAUCCACUACGCCAACCGCAUGAGCUACCUGCUGUUGCCCCUGGACAGCAGCAAGAGCCGCCUGCUGCGGGAGCGCGCAGGGCUGGGUGACCUGGAGAGCGCCAGCAACAGCCUGGUCACCAACAGCAUGGCGGGCAGUGUGGCGGAGAGCUAUGACACGGAAAGCGGCUUUGAGGAUGCAGAGACCUGUGAUGUGGCCGGGGCUGUGGUCCGCUUCAUCAACCGCUUUGUGGACAAGGUCUGCACAGAGAGUGGGGUCACCAGCGACCACCUCAAGGGGCUGCAUGUCAUGGUGCCAGACAUCGUCCAGAUGCACAUCGAGACCCUGGAGGCCGUGCACAGAGAGAGCAAGAGGCUGCCCCCCAUCCAGAAGCCCAAACUGCUGCGGCCGCGCCUGCUGCCUGGUGAGGAGUGUGUGCUGGAUGGCCUGCGUGUCUACCUGCUGCCAGACGGGCGAGAGGAGGGCGCGGGGGGCAGUGGGGGGGGGCCCGCACUGUUGCCAGCUGAGGGCGCCGUCUUCCUCACCACAUACCGGGUGAUCUUCACGGGGAUGCCUGCUGACCCCCUGGUGGGGGAACAGGUGGUGGUCCGCUCCUUCCCGGUGGCUGCGCUGACCAAGGAGAAGCGCAUCAGCGUCCAGACCCCCGUGGACCAGCUUCUGCAGGAUGGGCUGCAGCUGCGUUCCUGCACGUUCCAGCUGCUGAAGAUGGCCUUUGACGAGGAGGUGGGGUCCGACAGCGCCGAGCUCUUCCGCAAGCAGCUGCACAAACUGCGGUACCCGCCGGACAUCAGGGGCACCUUUGCGUUUACCCUGGGCUCUGCCCACACACCUGGCCGGCCGCCCCGUGCCACCAAGGACAAGGGUCCUUCCUUCAGGACCUUGUCCCGGAACCUCGUGAAGAAUGCCAAGAAGACCAUCGGGCGGCAGUAUAUCACUCGGAAAAAGUACAACCCCCCCAGUUGGGAGCACCGGGGCCAGCCACCCCCUGAGGACCAGGAGGAUGAGAUCUCAGUGUCGGAGGAGCUGGAGCCCAGCACACUGACCCCCUCCUCGGCUCUGAAGCCCUCGGACCGCAUGACCAUGAACAGCCUAGUAGAGCGGGCGUGCUGCCGGGACUACCAGCGCCUGGGUCUGGGCACGCUGAGCAGCAGCCUGAGCCGCGCCAAGUCCGAGCCCUUCCGCAUCUCUCCAGUCAACCGCAUGUACGCCAUCUGCCGCAGCUACCCCGGGCUGCUGAUCGUCCCCCAGAGCGUCCAGGACAACGCCCUGCAGCGUGUCUCUCGCUGCUACCGCCAGAACCGCUUCCCUGUGGUCUGCUGGCGCAGCGGGCGCUCCAAGGCCGUGCUACUGCGCUCAGGGGGCCUGCACAGCAAGGGUGUGGUCGGCCUUUUCAAGGCCCAGAACGCACCUUCUCCAGGUACCCUCCCUUGUUCCUGCUGCCGUGCCCUGUGCCCACCCUGCUCUGCUUCGGCUCCGGCUCCAGCUCUGCCUCCUUCCCCAGGCCAGUCCCAGGCAGACUCCAGCAGCUUGGAGCAGGAGAAGUACCUGCAGGCUGUGGUCAGCUCCAUGCCGCGCUUCACCGAUGCGUCGGGACGCAACACCCUCAGCGGCUUCUCCUCGGCCCACAUGGGCAGCCACGUGCCCAGCCCCAGAGCCAGGGUCACCACGCUGUCCAACCCCAUGGCGGCCUCGGCCUCCAGACGGACUGCUCCCCGAGGUAAAUGGGGCAGUGUCCGGGCCAGUGGGCGCAGUGGUGGGCUUGGUGCCGACGUGGGCUCCCGGCUAGCAAGCAGAGACAUGCUGAGCCCCCCCCAGGCCAAUGGGGCCCCCCCUGACCCAGGAUUUUUGCGGCCCCACCGUGCAGCGCUCUACAUCAUUGGGGACAAAGCGCAGCUCAAGGGUGUGCGGCCAGACCCGCUGCAGCAGUGGGAGCUGGUGCCCAUCGAGGUGUUUGAGGCACGGCAGGUGAAGGCCAGCUUCAAGAAGCUGCUGAAGGCAUGUGUCCCAGGCUGUCUCGCUGCCGAGCCCAGUCCGGCCUCCUUCCUACGCUCGCUGGAGGACUCAGAGUGGCUGAUCCAGAUCCACAGGCUGCUGCAGGUGUCGGUGCUGGUGGUGGAGCUCCUGGACUCGGGCUCCUCCGUCCUGGUGAGCCUAGAGGACGGCUGGGACAUCACCACCCAGGUGGUGUCCCUGGUGCAGCUGCUCUCAGACCCCUUCUACCGCACCCUGGAGGGUUUCCGUCUGCUGGUGGAGAAGGAGUGGCUGUCCUUCGGCCAUCGGUUCAGCCACCGAGGGGCCCACACCUUGGCCGGGCAGAGCAGCGGCUUCACGCCUGUCUUCCUGCAGUUCCUAGACUGCGUGCACCAGGUCCAUCUGCAGUUCCCCAUGGAGUUUGAGUUCAGCCCUUUCUACCUCAAGUUUCUUGGCUACCACCAUGCAUCUUGCCGCUUCCAGACCUUCCUGCUCGACUCGGACUAUGAGCGCAUCGAGCUGGGGCUGCUAUACGAGGAGAAGGGGGAGCGCAGGGGCCAGCAGGCAUGCAGGUCUGUGUGGGAGUACGUGGACCGGCUGAGCAAGAGGACGCCCAUGUUCCACAACUACAUGUACGCGCCUGAGGACGCAGAGGUCCUGCGGCCCUACAGCAAUGUGUCCAACCUGAAGGUGUGGGACUUCUACACAGAGGAAACGCUGGCCGAGGGCCCCCCCUACGACUGGGAGCUGGCCCAGGGGCCCCCCGAGCCCCCAGAAGAAGAGCGGCCCGACGGGGGCGCUCCCCAGAGCAGGCGCCGCGUGGUGUGGCCCUGCUACGAUAGCCGCCCCCGAGCCCAGCCCGAUGCCAUCUCACGCCUGCUGGAGGAGCUACAGCGGCUGGAGACAGAGCUGGGCCGACCCCCUGAGCGUUGGAAGGACACCUGGGAUCGGGUGAAGGCUGCACAGCGCCUUGAAGGCCGGCCAGACGGACGUGGCAUCCCCAGCUCCCUGCUGGUGUCCAGCGUGCCCCACCACCGCCGCUCACUGGGUGUGUACCUGCAGGAGGGGCCUGUGGGCUCCACCCUGAGCCUCAGCCUGGACAGUGACCAGAGCAGUGGCUCAACCGCGUCUGGCUCCCGCCAGGCAGCCCGCCGCAGCACCAGCACCCUGUACAGCCAGUUCCAGACAGCCGAGAGUGAGAACAGGUCCUAUGAGGGCACCCUGUACAAGAAGGGGGCUUUCAUGAAGCCCUGGAAGGCCCGCUGGUUCGUGCUGGACAAGACCAAGCACCAGCUGCGCUACUACGACCACCGCAUCGAUACAGAGUGCAAGGGCGUCAUUGACCUGGCAGAGGUGGAGGCCGUGGCACCUGGCACUCCUACCAUGGGCGCCCCAAAGACCGUGGAUGAGAAGGCCUUCUUUGAUGUGAAGACGACCCGUCGUGUUUACAACUUCUGUGCCCAGGACGUGCUGUCAGCCCAGCAGUGGGUGGACCAGAUCCAGAGCUGCCUGUCAGAUGCCUGA